AACCCGCCUGCCCUUCGUAACGUCCAGUGAACACGCGUGCGGACAGCAGCAAAGUGGAGAAGCCCGCCUCAUUCUCCAUUCGUGCCAUCGGACAGUGGAGACGUCACCUGCCAGGGCUCCCGGCUGGCGGAGGAUCCCUUCCUGACCCUGUAACCGUGCUGUAGCCUCCUGCUCGGGCCGGCCCAGGCUCGGCACCAGCCAGACGUCCUGACAGGUGCGUGGGUCCCCCGACCCCAGGCUCCGGCAGGAGGGACACAGAGCCCGACUCCCAGGAUAAGGUGCAGGGGUGAGCGGGGUGGGCCUUGAGCCUGAGGGCCGCGCCCCGUGCGGCGAUCAGAGCACCUCCAUGCUUGGGGCCCCCGAACCAGAUGCGCGUUGUUCCCCGCCCGCCCCCGGCUGCCCCUUCCCAGUGGAGUUCCCGUGAGCUGGCGGGAUGGGAGGGGGGUCCCCCUACAGCAGCCGCGUCUGUAGGACCCCAGAGCCCACGCGCAGCCGGUGCCCGCUGCCACCAGACUGAGGCCAGAGCCAGGGCUCCGGCCUCCUGCCGACGCGGACGACGCCCGGACUGUGGCUCACGCCUGUGUGACCGUUUGCUUCGCUCUGGCGGGGGAGCUUACGGGUUUGAGACCGCUCGUCCACUUCGUCAGUGGCUCGAGUGUGACACACGUGUUGUCGUCCUGGGUCUCGUCCAGACUAUGGCAGUGGGAGGGAUCCGGAAACCUGUUUCCUUCUGAUGACCCGGAACGUAGAAUGUUCUGGAAUCGACUCCAGGGCAUCCAGAGUCUGGUAGUCUCCUUUCAGGACGGCCGGAGUGCCACGUCGGGGGGUGUGGGUGGGGAGGGGAUCCACACCCUCUGGAGCUGCCGACGCCUCUCCGCGGAGGGGACGGUCCUCACCCCCGUGCCGCACGCCCAGCGAGGGGAGCAGAGGUCUUCUGUCGCUUGGCGUACGGCUCGCCUUUAGCAUCCGGAACGGGGUAGUAACGUCCUGGGCAGUGGUGAGGGCGGGGGGUGGGGACGGAAGCGGGGGUCCGCAGACUCAGGGUCAGCCAGCACCGUGACCUUGGCCUCCUCACCUCCUGGCUGGCGGUCACCUGUUCGCGCAGCCGGCGCCGACACGGGCCCUUGGGUUUCGCGUUAUUUCGGUGUUUUAUGCCUGCAGUCCCAGAGCAGCUGGAGGACCCCAGACAUUAACCCGGAGGUAGAAGACCCCGUUUUUAAACGUCCACGUCUUCAGUCUCCAAAUUCCCUGUGGACAUUCGCCUGGGAACACGUUUCCUGUACCUUGUAACCCUCCCAGUCACGGAGACAGUAGAAGGCGGAACCACCAGAGCGAGAGGCCACACGUCCGCGUGUCUUUGAUGAAGACGCCUGAGAGCAGACGCCCUUCACCCCCAUCCUGCCUCCUGGCCUGCGGGGGGCUGUCGUGGUCCUCGUCACAGGGGGGACAGCACAAGGACCAGGGACGGCGGGGCACGCGGCCUCCCACACAGUCCAGGCCACCUGCAUCCGGACGGCUUCUCAGAGCGGCCGCACCAGCUCGCAUCCCCACCAGCCGUGCAGGAGGCUCCCCUUGCUCCGCAUCCUCGCCAGCACCUGUCGUUUCGUGUAGAGCCGAGCUGUGGAGAGAGCCGAGAUGCCCUUCAGCAGACGCGGACAGAGAAGAUGUGGUCCGCGUACGCAGUGGGGGGGACUCCAACGUCAGGAUGAACGCCUGCGUUUGCAUCGACACGGACGGGCCUGGUGAGGUGGGUGGCCAGUUCUGGACGCAGCCGGUGGUGUUCUGUGAGCAGCGUCCUUCACAGGGCGCAAGGCUUCUGGACUCGUCCGUGUGGCCACGCGGCGUCGCUGUUACGGCAAGGAAGCUUGUCUUCUGUGGGUGGAGCACGUUUCUGCCCUUCGGGGGUGGCCCACCUGCCCGCCGUAGUGGACGACACCGCCGCAAUCUCCUGCGCACAUUCUCGCGUGGACACGUGGUCUCCCUCCUCUCAGCUUUUGCCAGCUCUGUACAGCUGGGCCGGUGUUUCCACCUGGGAUCAGAGAGCGCGUCUACGUGUUCGUCAGAAGCCGGCAGGUGCCUUCCGUUGCUUGCUGCCCGUCCUGCUCUGCCCCACGGACCCUCGCUCCUUUCCCGGAUCGGUCCCCUCCGUUCGGGGGCGGCGGAUACCCGUUGGCCCAGCCACGAUCACGGAGUUUCUCGGCUGCUCGCACCGGGCCUUCCACUGCUGCCGUCUGUCGCAACGAUAGAUGACGUGUCCGAUCAUUAACCGGUUUGCGGCUUUAAAUGCGUCGUACAUCAGGGAUCUGGUCUAGCCUUGGCCUCCGCGACGUGGUCCCUUCGCUCCGUCUGUCAUUCGUCGUUCCGUGGAGAGAGGGUGUCCUGCUUGGCCGUGUGCAUGUUUCUGAGUUGCAAGGCUCAGGCUCCCGUCGCGUCCGGACCCGUGGUGGGACAAGCGUCUGGUCCACCAGGCCGUGGAAGAGCCGGCCUCAUGGCUUCCCGCCGCAGUCUCGGGCCGUGGAGAGUUCGCUCCCGCACGGAUCUGAUCUCGUCUCUCCACACAGUGCGCCGGCCGGCCCGGCACCGUGUGCUACAGUGUCCGUCUUGUCUACCGGCUGGAGAGGAUGUGUGUCUGUCCACACUGGGCUGCGUCUGCGCUCUGUGCGCCGGCCGGCUGGUGAGCUGAGCAACGUGCUUCGGCUGGAGUGUGUCGCGUGUUCACUGGUCCUUUACGGAGACCCCGUGAAUGUCGCACAGCAGCUUGGAGCCCUGACAUCUGGUGACUCCGAAGCCACACCCAGUGACCGUGGGAGCUGCCCGUGUACUCACGUCCACCGUCUGGUUGCUUGUGGCUGCGUAGCUGACCGUCUGAGACACGGCACGUUAAAACCCCGUUUGUGAGCCCAGAUUCACCGGACUCGGCUUCACACCAGGAGUGGCCGGCCCGGAGAGCCCUUGCUCCCUGAGAGGCCGGUUGGAGGACAGUGACCUUGUCUGCGCGUCCGUGCGCCCGAGCUUUUCUGUGUCUCCUCACACCGGUGUCAGACCCGUCUGGGCAUGUCUGCUUGCAAGCUGCUGACUCUUUCCUUCCUGUCGUCCGUGUGCUCUCCCCUCCUCUCCCCCGCCACGGGGUCACUGUGUCUGCACGUGACGGUGACUGCUGUUCGCAGUGACGCUGACCGACAUGCAGCAGCAGAGACCACGGGGAAGCCGCGGGCAUCCCUCAGAAGGGCCCCGUCCGGACAUGCCGGUCUCUGUCGGGGCCGACCCCACACUGGAGAGCGCUCAUGCCCCUCGGUCACCCGAAGCACUUGUCAUCACAACGGUGCUGGAUUUUGUUAGGUUCUCCUUUUUCUCUGGCGCGUCUAUGGAGGUCGUUGCAUAGUUUAUUUUAGACUCAUCAUAGGAUAUUGAGAGAUUUCCCAGGAUCGAACCAUCCUUACGUGUUGUUGGCCAUGAUUCUCUGAUUGCUGGGAUCUCUUGGCCAGUAUUUUGAAAUUUACAUUAAUGUUCAUAAGCGAGACUGAUCUAAAAUUGUCUUCUACGUAUGGAUGUUUGUCUGUAUCAGUUUUUUGUUUUCUGUAUGUGUGUGUGUGUGUUUUUAAAGAUUUUAUUUAUUUGACAGUGCAAGAGAGCACAGCAGGGGGAGAGGCAGACGGAGAGGGCCCAGCAGGCUCCCUGCCAAGCAAGGAGCCGGAUGUGGGACUCGAUCCCAGGACCCAGAGAUCAUGACCUCAGUUGAAGGCAGUCGCUUCACCAACGGAGCCCCCAGCACCCCAUCUGUGUCAGUUCUAGGAGGGCUUCGGGGUCCGCCCAGCCGAGCACAGAGCUGGGAGCCGAUAGUCGUCCUCGUCGUUCUCGGCGCCGGGGCAGCAAGGUGUUCUGAGGCGUCUGGCGUGAAAUGCAGGAUCUGGGAAACCAAACCCAGUCCGUGACGUGUUAGCUGUCUCAACACGGUCACCUCGUGGUUGUCAGGUUUUGCCUGAUGCGUUCCCAAGUGCCGUGUGGUACCUGCGUGUUCCUGACGGUCCCCCCGGCCCGGCUGUUCGCGGCCUCACGUUCGUCCGUCGGAGGACGCCUUCUCUUCACCCCCAAAUGUGGCAGAGCCUUCGGCCGUUCUCCAGCGUCUGGAUUCUCUCUACCGUCUUCUCAGUUCCCUCAGCUGAAGCCCGGGGCUGUGCUCCUGGCCCCGCUGCAGGUGCACCUCCCCGCUCCCACGGGGGCCAGAGGGAGACAGGCCCCCUGCCCUCGCGCCUUGCCAGGCCCCCGCAUGGCCACGAGCUCCACGAGCUGGGCGGCCCCUGCGGUCACCCGCACCAGGUGUCGGGCACGCCCUGGCCCAUGGCUUCCUCCCACUCUGGUCCCCGUCCCCCAGCGUGGCCUUCUUCCUCCCUCAGUUUGAGACCCCAGUUCGGGGGCCAUUGUGGCCCCCUAGCAUACCUGUUCCCGGAACCAGCGCAGGAGAUACCCACCUGCCUGGAACGUCUCCAGCUUCCCAGCUGCACCGUGGCCUGGUGUUAGGGACAGGGGCUCCGUCUGGCUCUGUUCCUGGGAGGGACGGUGUCUCUGGACAGGUGCAUGUGGCCUCUUCCUCCUGGUGCCUCGGUGCUGCGCCCCUGGAGGUGGUCUCACUUCCUCUCCCUGUGGAGCUUGCUGGGGCCUUUCCUCCACGCCAACUGCCGGCCCCACCGAGCUGUGGAAAGCCCAAGGGAGCCCUCUGUGAGGUCGUGUGCAGGCGCGGCGAGUGCCAGACCCAGGGACUUCAGACCAGUACAACCCAAGAGGGCCCAGUUCCGUAUAGCCCAGCCCACUGGAGCCCAGUAUAGCCCAGUGGAGCCCAGCUCCCUGUGCCCUGGGCACAGGGCAGGGGAGGGAGAGUCAGGGACUCGCGGACACCGACGGCUGGGCUGGAAGAGGACCGCGUCCCGGGGUGGGCGGUGGCAACCGUGGGCCCCGGAGUGCCUGCUCCGUGCCGCUGGCCUGUCCACCUGAAAACGGCUACGAGAGUACGUUUCACGUCACGUGUUUCACCGCGGUUACGGCCAGUACUAGCAGUCGGCGGCUGCAGUUACUGUUUGCCGUGAUUUUGCUUUUACUGCAGAAUUCUGCAAGAAAAAGCAAUAGGACUAAAUUCCUGCAAUUCAUAAACCCGUAAGCGUAGUCUGUGGCCGUGUGAAGCCAUCACAGACCUCGGGGACUUCUGUGUGGUCCACGGGUGACCCGCAGCCACAGCGCAGCAGGCUGCACCACAAGGGGCACACGGCGCAAACCCCCCUCGAACUGUCCCGAAGCUCCGUGAGGCCGGUGGGGACCCGGGCCGACUCCCCCAGAUGCACCUGCGGAUGGCCUGGCCCCGCGCCUCAGUCCUCCAGCCUAGGCAUGAGGCCGCCUGAGACAUCCAGGGUGCCACUGGGAGAUCACGAUCCCUGGGGGGGGUGGUACGUGCUGGCCAUUCCCCCGGCAGGGCCCAGCGGUGCGUGUCGUGUGGUCUCUCCGGAGCACGGGACGGGAGCCCCACAACUGGAAGCCUGUCUGCGUGUGCGCGUGUGUACACAUGCCGGAGGUCCACGUACCUCGAGGCUACGGAUCCCACCUGACCUCGUGUAACGGGCACAGAGUACGUAGCCCAACAAGUAUUACCAGGUGCUGGGAACGUAGUGUUUUUGGGGAGGACAGGUUUGGCAGGUCUGGGUGACCCCGUAAGAGCACAUGGCGGGGAGAGCCAGGGGCUGAGCCCAGGGAGGGCCCCAGCGAUGUGCGCUCCUCACGCUUGCCGGCCUGUCUUCCCUAACGCCCGGUCACACCCUCGCUGGCCCGCCGCCUGGUGAUCCAGGCCUUUCCUGGGGCCACGCUGCCUUUGGAGUUUGGAGACAACAGAUACCCAAAGGCCUCCACAGGGAACGUCCAGCUCUCACCAUCGGAGGGGCCGCUCAUGCUGGCCUUGAACCUGCAGCCGCUGCGUUCACCUGUUCCCGCUGCACACGGGGUCGCGCAGGGCCAUCUUCCCUCCCCACCGGAGGACACCAGUCAGCAGCCAGCGGGCAGUGACAGCUCCUGUCCUCCAAGUGUCCUUACGUGGCCUGUCCCGUCGCAGCGGCCACUUCCUCUUUGCAGGAAAACCUUCAGGAGAAGGUUCCUCUGCUUCCUCCCGUCCUGUUCUGCUCAGCCCCGUGCCAGCCAGGCCCACGCCAGCCGUCCCUCCCCUGUUCACCCCACCCCCAGGCCCCCAACCUCCCCCAGCCCCUACCCAGCCAGGGCUGAGUAAUCACUUCCAGAGCCACCGCCUACAGGGAGCCCUCCUGCCUUUCUCCCUCUUUUCUGUCGGCCUCUUGAUCCUCAGAACCUCUCCGCUGUCAUGUUCUGUCCGUGGACGAGCUCACCUGUCCCUCGGGUUCCAGCCACAUCUGUGCUCACCGGCAGCCCAGCCCAGAGUGCUGCCGGCCUCUGAUGUCCCCCGUGGGAUCUUGAACACCGCGCGACCGCAGCUCCGUCCCCGAGAGACUCGGGCGUUGUGCACCGUCUGCACGUGGGCCCUCGCGGUCUGGUGUUCCGGGGACUGCCGCCGCCGGGCCGGGCCGGCGCAGGGACAGCAGGAGCUGCAGGACGGUGACAGAGUGGCGGAGGUGAUGGCAGUUUGCUCACGAAGCUGUGGUUUUAGAAAAGUUAUUUUUCGUGAAAUAAACUGUUAAUGCGUGGCGGA